GCUGGACGUCACCGGAAGCAGAUGUGGAUGUUUUGAGGCCACGAGUAUAGUGUGGGGGGCACAGCGUCCCAUAGCAACGUGAGCCAUGGCCAGGCACCGGAAUGUGCGGGGAUAUAACUAUGAUGAGGAUUUUGAUGAUGAUGAUCUUUAUGGACACUCUGUGGAAGAUGACUAUGGCAUUUCACCAGCGACAGCUGCUCAGUUUAUAUAUUCCAAACGCAACAGACAUCAGAGUUUUACAGAGCCGUUAGAAGAAGAACAUGAAGAUGAUGAACAUAUGGAAACUAAGGCUGCAGACAUAGCUCUGAGUUCUGUGGAUCAAGCUCGUCUCUACUCAUGCCUUGAUCAUAUGAGAGAGGUCCUGGGGGAAUCUGUAUCCGAGCAAGUUAUGAUUGAUGCCGUCUUGCAAUGUAAAUUUGAUCAAGCGAAGGCUCUGGACCUUAUAUUUCAGCAAGAUUGUAACAAAAAUCUAAAUUCUGCAACUAAUGACUUGGCAUCUUUUGGGAGAUUAUCAAAAGGAAAGACCAGAGAAUUGCCAUCACCUGAAACACAGUAUGAAAUUGUUCCAAAAAUUGCCAAAAUGAUUAUCUCUGGAAAGAAACAAACAAUGGGAUUUGAUAUUCCAAGUGCAGCACCAGAACAAAAUGGACAAACGUUUAAUUCUUACAUGAAAGGCCAGGCUGUAGUUGAAGCUGUGGAUGAAAUGGAUAAUGCCUCACAAAAUGCACAAACUUCAAACACUUCCCAGAUUCAAGAGGAUCUGAAUUCUACUCCAAACCUUGGUAAAAAUACCAGUAAAUCUAAACAAAAAAUCAAUAUUAAAGAAGAGUUGGAGAAAAGACAAGGAGGAAAACCGCUGCUUAACCUUGUUGUAAUAGGUCAUGUUGAUGCUGGAAAAAGCACCCUCAUGGGACAUUUAUUAUACCUCUUGGGACAUGUGAACAAAAGAACCAUGCAUAAAUAUGAACAGGAGUCCAAGAAGGCUGGGAAAGCAUCCUUUGCAUAUGCUUGGGUGUUGGAUGAGACUGGAGAAGAGAGACAGAGGGGUGUCACCAUGGAUGUGGGAAUGACUAAGUUUGAAACAAAGUCUAAAGUGAUAACAUUGAUGGAUGCUCCUGGGCACAAAGACUUCAUUCCCAACAUGAUUACAGGGGCAGCACAAGCGGACGUGGCCAUUUUGGUUGUAGAUGCCAGCCGUGGAGAGUUUGAAGCAGGUUUUGAAGCUGGUGGACAGACGCGUGAGCAUGCACUGUUGGUCCGCUCUCUUGGUGUAACCCAACUUGCCGUGGUGGUCAAUAAAAUGGAUCAGGUUAACUGGCAACAGGACAGAUUUCGUGAAGUCACCAGUAAACUUGGGAGCUUCUUAAAACAAGCUGGUUUUAAGGAAAGUGAUGUAUCCUAUGUCCCUACGAGUGGUCUUAGUGGAGAAAACAUGAUCAAGAAGAGUACAAUUAGUGAACUCACAAGUUGGUAUAAGGGACCAUGCCUGAUUGAACAGAUUGAUUCCUUUAAAGCUCCUCAACGUUCUGUGGAAAAACCUUUUAGACUAUGUGCAUCAGAUGUCUUCAAGGAUCAAGGCUCUGGAUUUUGUGUGACUGGUAAAAUUGAAGCUGGCUUUGUUCAAGUUGGUGACAGAUUGUUUACCAUGCCUCCCAAUGAAACCUGCACUGUUAAAGGAAUCACAUUGCAUGAUGAAGCAGUUGAUUGGGCAGCAGCAGGAGAUCACGUUAGUCUCACAUUAACCGGCAUGGAUAUCAUCAAAAUCAAUGUUGGCUGUGUAUUUUGCUGUCCAAAUGAGCCUAUAAAAGCAUGUACCAGAUUCCGUGCCCGAAUUCUCGUCUUUAACUUUGAAGUUCCUAUUACCCAAGGAUUUCCGGUAAUUAUCCAUUAUCAAACUGUAAGUGAACCUGCUACAAUCAAGAAACUAAUCAGCAUACUACACAAGAGCACAGGAGAAGUGGUAAAGAAAAGGCCCAAAUGCCUAACGAAAGGAAUGAACGCCAUUGUGGAGCUGCAAACACAGAGACCCAUUGCCCUGGAACUAUAUAAAGACUUCAAAGAGCUCGGCAGGUUCAUGCUGCGUUAUAGUGGAUCUUCAAUAGCUGCUGGAGUUGUCACAGAGAUAAAAGAAUGACACUAAUAACCAAGAGGACUUUCACAGCAUAACUAAAUAAAUUCAGAUUGGACAUCUGAUUUUUUUUAUUUUAUUUUUUGACUUCCAGAAGGCCUGGCUUAAGACAUAAAGUGCAAUUAAAAGACAUACAAAAGGUUUAGGAAAACCUCAACUAACUACCAAAUGGAGACAGACUACCAUCAGAUGCAUGCCGUGGAACAAAGAACACAGGCUCCUCCUGUGCUCAGACUGGCUUGUUAUCCCUGCUGAAGUGCUACUACAUGUCUUGUUACCGUCCAAAAGCAGAUGAAUGCAGCUGCUUCUGACAAUUUAAUUUAUUGACAAAAUAUUCUGGAUCAAACAAAGGACCCAACAUAUCAUGACCAGCUGACAUGUUUACAACUCUCCUUUCUAAUAUGUCUACAACUUUAAUUUCCCUUCUUUUAAAUUUGGUUUUUCUACUUAAUGGCUCUCUGUGAAAUGAAACAAGAUUGAAAAGCCCUUUCUUCAUUUUUUUUUUUUAUUAUUUCUUAAGCAGACCUGUAACAUAAAAAUGCUUACAUUGAUUUUUAAGUUCUUAAAAACAAAGAAAUUGUUCAUGUUUUGUUGAAGUUUCAAAACUUUAUUUUUUUUAAUCAAAUAAUCUGUAGACCAUAAAUUGUGUAUACUUAUCAUCAGAACCAUAUCAUGGUUCCCUUACCACCUAUAAAACGUUAUAAGUAUUUUAAAAGAUAGCAGAUGAACAACCAGUCUGCAUGUCAGAUGCAUGCUGGGAAACACAUUAUGUAGGCAAAAGUGAUGCUGCAAGCACAAAUGGGAUUUUUAAAAUCAUCUUAGCUGAUGACUGUUCAAAAGCAAAACAUGAACUUUUUUUUAUAGUCUCAUAUGAAGUUUUCUUUUUUGUUUGUUUGUUUUUGUUCUUUGUAACAGGUCUACUUUACUAUUUAAAAGCAUGGUAAAAGGCAAAAUGUAAUUAAUAAAACUAAAAAUUGCUGUGUAUAGUGUUGUAGUGGAGAUUGUGCCAAGAUUUGACUAAUUUCAUAAAGCAAGCAAAACAAAUCUUGAGUAUGGAGUAAUAAAAAAGAAAAAAAAAAUGGUUUGAGCAUCA